AAGCGCGAGUGCAAUAAAACAAAAACGAAGCCGCUUGGUGUUUGAGUGCGCUAUUUUACAGUUUUUACGGGAAAAUCUUCAAAUUUACACUCAAAGUUAGUUAAAUUCAAACAGCCCUUUCCUCCCUGCAAGUGCAAAAGUUAGUGAUCGGUGCUGAAAGAGCUUAUUUCGCUCGUUAUUUGAGGCGAACUAGAGAGGUCGUCCCGACAACAAACAAAAUCAAAGAUGGCAGCGCAGUCCGUAAAAACCGGCUCCGGCUGGCCCCGGAGAACGAGCCAGGGCACGGUGAACCACGACGUGACCAAGCUGACCGCGAACCAGACCACCCUGAACCGGGCCAUCAAUCUCUACCCGCUCACAAACUACACAUUCGGCACGAAGGAACCGCUGUUCGAGAAGGACCCGUCGGUGCCGGCCCGGUUCCAGCGGAUGCGCGACGAGUUCGACAAGAUCGGGAUGCGCCGCUCGGUGGAGGGCGUGCUGCUGGUGCACGAGCACGGCCUGCCGCACGUUUUGCUGCUGCAGCUCGGGACGACCUUCUUCAAGCUGCCCGGCGGCGAGCUGAGUGCCGGCGAGGACGAGGUCGAGGGACUGAAGCGGCUGCUCACGGAGACCCUCGGCCGGCAGGACGGCGUCAAGCAGGACUGGAUAGUGGAGGACACGAUCGGCAACUGGUGGCGCCCGAACUUUGAGCCGCCGCAGUAUCCGUACAUUCCGCCCCACAUCACCAAACCGAAGGAGCACAAGCGGCUGUUUCUGGUGCAGCUGCACGAGAAGGCUCUUUUUGCCGUACCGAAAAACUACAAGCUAGUGGCCGCCCCGCUGUUUGAGCUGUACGACAAUUCGCAAGGGUACGGACCGAUCAUUUCGUCCCUGCCGCAGGCCCUGUGCCGAUUCAACUUCAUCUACAUGUAAGGCUCGACCGGUGAAGAGUGACGAAAAAGUGACGACCACAUUCGCCGGGCUCCUCCGGAAAAAAGGUAGGCCCAGUCGCUGAAGAAGUUGCUUCCUUUUUAAUGUCCAUGAACAACAAACAACCCAACCAACAAUUUUUCACUCACACACUUAGCAAGAACUAACGCUGAUUAAAACAAACUUCAUUUAGACGCGUAGAAUUAUGAGAGAGAGAGAGAGAUCACGAAUUAAACAAAAAAAAGUCAAACCCAAUUGUAAAAAGA